AUGAUGUCUGAAUCUCAACUAUUAUUUGAAAAAAAUCAAGAUUUUUCUUCAUUCUCAAAAAAUGAUCAAUUAGUCUUACUUCAUGGAAGAUUAAAAUACGUUGUUGGUCUUAGUUCAGCUUUUUUAUUACGUUAUAUUGAUUUAUAUAAAGAUGAAACAUUUUCUGGAAUUGUUAAAUCAAUUUAUGGGUCAAAUGUUUAUUCAACAAGUAGAUAUACAAGUCAUCUAAUUGAUUCGGAUAUUGUUCUUGUUAAACUUGUAUUUUCUAUUCUUAUUUUUUCAAUAUUUGAUUAUAUAUCUUAUAAUACAAAUAAGAAUUCAUUUAACAAUUUGAAAAAUUCGAAUUCAAUAUCAAAUAUUCCAAAUCUUUAUAUUGAAUUAGCAUGGAAAUAUCUUCUUUAUGAAUAUGAUCAUUUUUAUGCUGUGAAAUGUUUUUCAAACAUUCUAAGAUAUAUUUUUAUGAUUAAUAGUGCAAUUGUUAUUGUACUUCAACAUGAUGAAUGGACAAAUAUGGUUGAUAAUAUUAUUAAACAAACUGAAGAAAAUCUUUCUCUUUCAAAUUAA